AUCCAGCAUUCGUUCUGAAUGAGGAACUUCUUUUCAUCAACCUGUUCAGGUUGCACAGGCAGAGCUUCAAACAUGCUGGGUCGCUGGAGUAUUGACGGAGUCUUCACAAUGCGGCGUAUUCCUCGAGAACACCAGGAAUGGGCUCAGAAGAAGCAGAUCGAAGCAAUCAAGACCUUUUUCGCAACAAUUUUAGUGGCAUUGGUCUUUGUGCUUGUCAUGUAUCUAGCUGGUUAUUCACCACCGUAGGUCAGCAACAGACGAAUCAUGUCUGUUGAACCAGGGCAGGAAGGACGAGAAAUUUCCUCAAUCGGC